ACGUCCAGGGGAUAGAACUCAAAUCAGGCUUGGCAGCAAGCAUCCUUAUCCACUGAUCCAUCUCACUGGCCCCAAUAAUAAUUUUUUUAGUAAAACCCCUAAACAUUGACCUGGUCCCAUGUAGCCUUUUGACCAUCUUAGGGGUGUGGCUGGAAGACACUGGAGGGGCAGGGACAUGAAUCAGAUGGUUCUUCCCUCCGGAGUAUUGCUUCUCAGAUGAAAGGCAGAUGGGAGUUGUGGGAAGAUGUCAGCAGAGGCACUGUUCUGUGUGACGGGAAGCACCGGGACUGUUGGGGCCCAGAGAAUGUACCAGAUGGUCCUGGGGACAGAGUCCUUUGCCUCCUUCCUGGAGGCGGGUGUCUUGGUUGAGUGGGUCAGUGAAGUAGAAUAAAGUAGUUGAUGAGACAGGAAAGACAAUCUAGAGGCCCAGAGACAGAAGAGACUAAAGAGAGUUCUGAGGGGUUGUGGCAGGGGCAUGGUACAGGCCUGGCAGGGUCUGGGAGGCCCUGGCUGGGAGCAUAGACUCUUGAGGACUUAUUUCACAGAGCCUGAGGAGCAAGGGAGUAACAGUCAGUUAUGUGUUUAUGGAAGAAGUCUGACUGGGGCAGGAAAGGCCCUGGGGCUCGGGAAGGAAGUCCCGAUGACCCCAGAUCUCCCGGCAGCUCUCCUCACCUGGUGCAGGUGCGUGAGCGGAUCCGAAUCAAUGGGCAGCCCAUCAGCCCUGAGCUCUUCACCAAGCACUUCUGGCGCCUCUACCACCGGCUGGAGGAGACCAAGGAUGGCAGCCACGCCCCCAUGCCCGCCUACUUCCGCUUCCUCACACUCAUGGCCUUCCACAUCUUCCUCCAAGAGAAGGUGGACCUGGCCGUGGUAGAAGUGGGCAUCGGUGGGGCUUACGACUGUACCAACAUCAUUAGGAAGCCUGUGGUAUGUGGAGUGUCCUCUCUUGGCAUUGACCACACCAGCCUGCUAGGAGACACCAUGGAGAAGAUAGCAUGGCAGAAAGGGGGCAUCUUUAAGCCUGGUGUCCCUGCCUUCACUGUGCCACAGCCAGACGGUCCCCUGGCCGUGCUGAGGGAUCGAGCCCAGCAGAUCUCAUGUCCUCUCUACCUGUGUCCCCCGCUGGAAGCCCUGGAGGAGGAGGGAAGGCCAUUGAUGCUGGGCCUGGAGGGAGAACACCAGCGGUCCAAUGCAGCCUUGGCCUUGCAGCUGGCUCAUUGCUGGUUACAGUGGCAGGACCACCAUGAUAUCUGGGAGCUGAAGGUGUCUAGCCCAAACACAUGGUGGCAACUGCCCCUGGCACCAAGGUUCCAACCCACAUCCCGUAUGCAACAUGGGCUUCGGGACACGGAGUGGCCUGGCCGGACACAGGUGCUGCGGAGGGGACCCCUUACCUGGUACCUGGAUGGGGCACACACCACCAGCAGCGUGCAGGCCUGUGUUCGCUGGUUCCAUCAGUCGCUGCAGCGUAAUGAGCGACCCAGUGGUGGACCUGAGGUACAUGUCUUGCUCUUCAACUCUACUGGAGACAGGGACCCAGCAGCCCUGCUGAAGUUGCUGCAGCCCUGUCAGUUUGACUAUGCUGUCUUCUGUCCCAACCUGACAGAGGUGUCGGCCACAAGUAAUGCAGACCAGCAGAACUUCACAGUGACUCUGGACCAAGUGCUGCUCCGCUGCCUCCAACACCAGCAGCACUGGAGCUGCCUGAGUGAAAAGCAGGCCAGCCCGGACCUCUGGAACACCCCCAGCACGGAACCUGACGGGCCAGCCUCCCUGCUUCUGGCUCCCCACCCUCCCCAUCCCACCAACACCAGCUCCCUUGUGUUCAGCUGCAUUUCCCACGCCUUGCAGUGGAUCAGCCAAGGCCGGGACCCUAUCUUUCAGCCCCCAAGUCCUCCAAAGGGCCUGUUCAGCCACCCCACUGCCAGCAGUGGGGCCAGCGUUCUCCGGGAGGCUGCUGCCAUCCAUGUACUGGUCACAGGAAGCCUGCAUCUGGUGGGUGGAGUCCUGAGGCUGUUGGAGCCCUCCCUGUCCCAGUAGCCAAGGCAGUGGGGUCAGAGGUGGGAGCUUCCCACACCUGCCCUCUUUUCUAUGAACUUACACCUGGUGCCUUUUGAUUUCUGGUUUCUGGAUUCUGUUGAGACUGGCCCAAGGCCCUGGGCUCUGGGUAGAGUAGGGGGUUUGGGAGAGGCUCUGUGCCUUGGCCUCUACUUCCUCUGGCACAGAGAGCAGGGGUCUUUCCAGGGUCCCCACCAUGGUAGCAGGCUUGUUCCCAUCCCAUCUCUCUGACUACCCCAUUGCCUCCUGGCUCAGGUCUAGCUUAUGUGUGAGCUGCCUGACCAGCCUAGGAUCCUGCCUGAGACUUAGGCCAGAGACUUUCUCCUUCCAGUGCCUUCUGGGAAGAGAAGGCCCCUGCCUGGGACACUCUGUGACAGUGGGUAGCUAGAGUAAAUUAAAGUGCUUUAAAUUUUUU